AAAAAUUUCUGAAUUUUAUAUGAGACCAGCAUCAGUGCCCAGAUUAUCUGAACACUGUUUAUAAUCCUUUCUAAUCUUUUUCAUCAUUGAUUUCCUCCCAAAAGCGCCACCAAUAACCACUGAAUCAUCAUCAGCAUCAACCACCACCACCAGCAGAACAACCACCAUCACCACCACCACUGCCACCACUGCCAAAGCAACUGCUCCUAAAUCAACAGUGGCACAAGAAAUGACAACUGAUGAAGUGAAAACUAAGAAACCACCACUGCUGAAAACUAGGUUCUGUCGUGGCACGGACUUGAGUGAAAUUGAGGAUUCCUACGAAUUCCCUAGAGCAAGGGAAGGGGAAGUAGCUGAAAGAAAUUGCCCUCUGGGCUGGGCAGGAGUCGCCAGAUGGCGCUGUGGCGAAGGCGGCGAAUGGGCCUCCAAAUAUCCCGACUUCUCUGUGGGUAAAGUGGACGGCCUGAACUCCCAAAUAAUUGGCGCGAGCGUGAAUUUUGGCAAGAGGCGAAUCGCCAGGAUGGCGCAAGAUUUAGCGAAUUCGGGAUACAACGCAGAAACGUCGGUGGACGGGCCACGCAUCAAAUUCCGCAAUUUGCGAACGGUUGAUGUCAACGAUGGGAAUGGGUCCGUCAUGUGCAGUUAUUGGCACAUUGGCAGAGACGAAUGGGCCACAGAUGGCUGCCGAAUGGUGCUUUUGACCCCGUCCGAGGUUCACUGCGUGUGCAAUCACUUGACUAAUUUCGCUGUCCUCAUGGACAUUCAUGGAGCUGUCAUUUCU